GGCUGGGACCCCAGGGUUGGGACCCGUAGGGCGCAGCCUGCGGAGGCAGAGGCGCGGAGAGGGAGGAGGCAGAAGGAGGGUGGACAGAAGCUGGUGGAGCGAGGCCGGGGGACAGCCCGCCGAGACCCGCGGAGAGAGCGCUCAGGCCGGGAGCCGGAGCCCCGCGCCCCAAACCCCGUAGCUCCCGACCGAGGCGCGGGGACUGCGAGCCCCGGGGGGCGGGUGGAGGCGCCGAGCCGGGCGCUGUGGGCGAGCCCCGUGGUCCCAGCCCUCCGGCCCUCGCGGAGCGCGGGAUCUCCCUGGGUGCGAGGACCGAGCUCCUCCUCCGCGCAGCACGCGCCCCCCGCAGCUCCGGACGGCGGAGCAGGGAUCGGCCGGGCGCCCCCGAGAGCGCGCAGCCUGCCAUGGAUCCCAAGGACCGCAAGAAGAUCCAGUUCUCGGUGCCGGCGCCGCCGAGCCAGCUCGAUCCCCGCCAGGUGGAGAUGAUCCGGCGCCGGAGACCAACCCCUGCCAUGCUCUUCAGGCUCUCAGAGCACUCCUCGCCAGAGGAGGAGGCCUCUCCUCACCAGAGAACCUCCGGAGAGGGGCACCACCCGAAGUCGAAGAGACCCAACCCCUGUGCUUACACUCCCCCAUCGCUGAAAGCCGUGCAGCAGCGCAUUGCUGAGUCCCACCUGCAGACCAUCAGCAACUUGAAUGAGAACCCAGCCUCAGAGGAAGAGGAUGAGUUGGGGGAGCUUCGGGAGCUGGGGUACCCAAGAGAGGAUGAAGAGGAGGAUGAGGAUGAGGAUGAAGAGGAGGAUGAAGAGGAAGACAGCCAGGCGGAGGUCCUGAAAGGCAGCAGGGGCAUGGUGGGGCAGAAGCUUACCUGUGGGCAGGGUCUGGAGGGGCCCUGGGAGCGCCCACCUCCUCUGGAUGAGCCCCAGAGAGAUGGAAACUCUGAGGAGCAGGUGGGAGACAGAGCAGCACUGUGUGGUGAGCACUGAGUGAGCCUGGAGAGGAGCCUCAGCACCCUACCCCACCCUGAGCCGGGCACAUAAGCUCAGAGUCCCGCAUCUCCCAGGAGGAAGUGCUUCUCAGAAACCCACUCUAUCCCCACCUUACUUUGUACCCUUUCUUUCACCUGCUAGGGCUGCGGCUUCUGACUUUAGAAGACUAAGGCUGGUCUGUGUUUGCUUUGGCUGAAGCCCAGAGUCCCCGAUGCCUCUCCUUGCCAGUCGUUCUUCUGUUUACCCGGUGGGAGGGGGGGGAGGUGAGACGGCCCACAUUGGCAAACCCGGAGAGCCAGGAACAAAAUAGUCACCCUUCACAAUUCUCUCCAGAUCCACUCCCCUGGGCACAGGAGACUCGCAGGGCAGACCCUAAAAUCUGGGGAAAGGAGGUACUGAGAGCCUUCAGGUGCCCUGAGAUCUCCAUCCCUUCUUUUUGGGGAGGGGGUUCAAGUCUCCACCCCUCUCCCAGACUUCUACCAGGGCCCAGGUCUCAGGCAUCCUUUCGCACAGCCUCAACGUUUUGGAUGUCUUCCCCAUCAUCCUUUUCCUGCAAGAUGGACUGGCAGAGGCUGCUUGUUGCGUUUUUGUUCGUGCUUUGGUGCCAGGAAUGCCACUUAGUAUAUGUCCUUAGAGGGGCCACACAGAGUGGGGAGCCUGGUUCUCCUUGUCCUCCAGCUGCUUGGCUCCCUUCCCCUUACUUCCCUGACUCCAGGCCUGAACCCCUCCCAUGCUGUAAUAAAUCUUUGUAAAUAAU